AUGCUCAUCUGCGAUGUCAUGGAUGUAGAGGACCUCAUCUACUUUCACGAGGAGUUCAGUGCCAGCUCGCAGGAACUCGACUCUUCCGGCUCGCAGCGACACGCGUCCACCUUGGACCAAGGGCAGAGAGAGGUCCGAUCCAUUCUCGGAGGGCUAGUCUUGAGCCAGUUGCGGUCGGUCUGGCACACGCAGACGGCGCAGGUUCAGGCUGAGCAGUACCUCUUUUGUCUGGUAGUGGACGCGGUCCGCACGAUGCUUGCCGCCCACGGCGCGGCCCCGCACGGCGACGACCUGAUGGCGAUAGACCACGAGGAGAAGUGCGCGGCGGAGGGAAGGCGCCAGAAGCGGCGCCAGAAGCGCAAGGAGAGGAAGCGGGCGGGGAAGGCCCAGAUCCAGCUCUCGGCUUCCGCGGCUUCUGGCGGUAGUGGUGAGGGUGGUGCGCAAGGAAAACCAAAGGCGGCGCCGGCGCCGGCGGCAGCAGCGGUGGCGACAAGCACUGCUCGGCAUAGCGGCGGCAGGUCUGGCGUGCUGGGCCGCCGCACGAUCAAUGGCAGUGCCGCGGUCGGCACUCCUGGUGCUGCUGCGACGGGCAAGGUUGGUGCGAGGGAGCCCGUCCACGGACACAACACGAAGCAACACCGCAAGACCAACCCGGCGGAGUCGGCAGCGCAUGCCGCGUGCGAGUGCGGAAGCGGCGGCGAGGUUGGUGUUGGUCUUGGUGCUGCUUCUUCCGGCGGGAAAGAGGACGCGAGAGCUUGCCUCACGGCCGGGGUGACCUCUGGCUUCGCCACGAAGGCGACCACUAGCCAUGGCGUUUUCGGCGCCGGGGGCCUGGCGUUCCAGCUCAACAACGAGGACAACGAGAGCGACGAGGAGGACGGGGUCGACCACGAUCUCAUCACGGAGAUGGAGCAGCUGAAGAGCAGCGUCAGGUCCAAGUCCGACAUCGACUUCCUCCGCAAGACGCUUCGCCAGAACUACGACCGUUUCAUCUCGCAGGGCGCUGGAAGGGUGCGCUGAGAGAGAGAGAGAGAGGAGCGGACAGGGAGGGGGGUGGGUGGGGUGAAGUGUAAGCUCUCGCGUCCCUGAUGAACCGGAGAGGAAUAAUUGAUUUCGCGGGUUUCCAGCGAAAGCAUCGGGCAGGGUGGGAGGCAGCAUGCGUGGGGGGAGGGGGGGGGUAGAUCGGGAACGCUCGAGAGGGCGAGAAAGGGUCUCGUACCAAUGGUCGUGUCGUGUGUAUUUGCCGGGACGCAUCGAGAGGUCGACGACGGCGAAAAAGAGAAACCAAGAACAAACAUGAGGGCAUCGUCAGCAGUAGGGCCGCUCUUGCAAGCCGCAGAUCGCCUUUUUGGUGGACCGGUUCCUGCCUGCCGUUCGUUGUCAAGGUGACGUGUCGCAGCAAGCCUUUUCCAGGUGUUUGGAGCAUUUUUUUGUUAUCACGCCUCCCUCCCGAAAGCGGGUGCUUUGCGGUUCUGGUGUGUGUGUGUGUAUGUGUGUUUUUUUUUUUUUUAGAGCGCUGCGGCAUCGCCAGUACGCUUCGUCGCCAUCUCGUUGUCUUUCGCUGCACGUGUAGAUCGAGAGCGGGUUACACAAGGCAGAGAAUGAGGGGGGGGGGGAGCAGUACCAAGCAGGGACGUGUUGGAGGGAGUCGUUUACAUCACGUGUCCCACGGAGACGGUGGGCAGGGGGCUUUUGGCAGCAGUACCUGCGCGUUCCAGUUCCUGCUCUACAAGUUUCCCAUGCUUUGGGGGGCUGAAUACACGUCUUGCGUUGCACAGUUUGUCGUGACUGCUCUCGCUGGUGAAAGUUUUAACCCUAACCGGCAGAAGAUCAUUCUGACGUUUUUGACUGCGACCGGGGAAUGCAAUGCGGGUCUCGAGCCCACCCCGCAACCGAUGUCGAGCAGAAGCUUGAAGAGGUGAAGGGCGCCGAGGACGGCUUGAGAGGCAAGCAUGACACGGCACGCGUGGUUGGUGGUGGUUUGGAGUUUGGCUUUGGGCGGCAGCAUCGGUGCGUUUCUGUUCGCGGAACUCGCGACAAACGUUGGAUGCUUGCUGUGGUCGGGGGAGCGGUCCCUUUUUUUCUGUAUCUAUCUCUCUCGCCCCACGUGCAAUAGCUGUAUUUCUGUGUUGCGUGUUGUGUUCUUCUCUAUGUCUUUAGUGUUUUGGGGUCUUCCGUUGUCAUCGUCGUCACGGUCUUUAUUGAGUACCGUAAAGCUCAAUCCAUUUUAUUGCGGUUUGUUUAGUUUUGUCAGCGGGUGUCUCUAUCGAUCUCGCUCUCGCAUGCCCCCCCCCCCCCCCCCCCCGGUACCUCAUCGUUGUUUUUCAUUUGCGCGUUUCCGUACGUAGAGUGAUGUGUCGUACUUUGUGCGUGCGUGCUGCUGCUGCUGUAGCCCUACGUAUGUAAAUGGUUUCUGAUAUUCGCUGUCUGGUACGAGUCGGCCUGCUCCAGCUAAAUAGUACAUGAUGCCUUCAGCAGGGUUGUUUUUCCCGACAUUUUCCGUGCACCGUUUUGCUGCCAAUGGCGGGUUUGGCGCAACUCACGUUCCACAGUGCAUGUGCGCGCUCAUGCGUUCUUUCGUGCGUGCUUGUUCAUGUUGAUCGGCCGGGAAUGGCACGUACUUUUUGCCCCUCCCUCGCUCGAAGGACGGGAGAGGCGGGGGCGGCAAGUCAUCUUCGGUGUGGAUGUCUCUUGGAUGAGUGUUUCGAACAAUCGUUGCAUGGCAGCGAGCCGAUCGACCUUCCUGCUGCGUGGCGACUUCGUCGUGUGAUUUGCCCGUCUCUCUGCCGUGCGUGGUUGCGGUCGUGCGGGUCUCCCUGGCCAGUUUUUAUUCUCAAGGAUAGAAGGGUCAUUGUAUGACUCCGCUCGAGAAGCGACUUUGUGUGCUAGGUGCCAGACGCUAACGUCUGCGUUUUGCGACGUCGUGCCGAGACCUGCCGCCCUCCGCUGCAUAGUUGUAUUUGAUCGAUUUGAAGGACGGAAGACUUUUUUCCUUCUGUGUGCCGGUUUUCGUGUGUGUUGUGUGUUUUGCUCUCUAGAUGGUUUGUGAAUCGACAACAUUUGUUCGGA